AGGGCUUCAGGGGGCGGGAGCCGGGGAGCCUCUCCCGCCUGCGACGCUUCCUCGGGGAGGCUGCUUCUCCGCCGCCGCUGCCGCCAGUGCUCCCGCCUCCUCGGCUCCCUCGGCAGCCAGCAGCCCGCACUUUGCCCCGGCUGUGCGUGUGCGGGAAUGUGGCGGCGAUCGCGAAGCGGAGCGCCGGACGCCGCCACCGCGCUCUGAUGGGCGCACACGCUGCGCGCUGCCCGCUCCGUCCCCUUCGCCCGCCUCGCUCGGGGGGCUGCCCGGAGGCGACCGCGCCAUGAAGAAGGAAGCGGCGGCGGCACCAGGGCGCAGCGGGGCCAGCUAGAUCUCCCCGGAGAAGGUAAGGGUCGCCUGGGAAAGUUUCGUGCCUGCGAGCGACAGACGGCUGCAACCGUCGCCUUUUUUGCUUGGGAAUAGUUCCACGCCAUAGAUAUAUAUCCCGAUCGCUUUUUAAAAACUAUCUACAUUCAUAGAUAUGGGUUUCUCUCUCUGCCCUCGUGAUCAGCGCCCUCUCCUUAGAGCGGUUUCUUUUUAAAAGUGCCGGAGAUGUCAAAGUUGGGGUGGUGGUGCGGGAAUUUCCUCGUCUUCCCCCAGGAAAAGGGGCUAUUUCCCCCAAAGGCUCUCCUUUCCGAACAAUGCAAGCGAAGCGAGAAUGGCAAACCUCAUUAAGAAAGCGCCAACUAGGGACUGCUUUCCCAAUGGAGCAAAAAAUACCUAGGUUGUGGAGAAGGCAUUGGUGGUGGGUUUUUUUUUUAAAGGGGGUGGCGUCCUAGUUCUAGAAGACCCCCACCCAUCCAUUUCCCAGCAGCUUUUGACUCAGGAGUCAAAAUGUCGAUGGCUGGACGCAGAACUGGGCUGUCCAAACGAGCGCACGGGAGCGCAGUCAAGCAGUGUGGGGGAAAGGGUCGUGGGGACGGCGUGUUGGCUCUGGAGUGGGGAAGGAGAGGAGCUCUGUGCAUGCCCAAGCGGUGUCUGGCCUUUGGGAGCAUUCUGCACUUGCUCCCGCUGAUCUGGGAACGAAGUCAGGCGCGGACUUCCGCGUUCGCGAGCGUUUUGGGUGGUGAGAAAGGGAAGCGAGUCUGCCGCCCUUUAGGCACGCAGGAAUAAUAAGAGCUGGUGGAGCAGGCAGGCAAAGGGCAGCAGGCGUCCUAGGAAAGAGGCUAGUCCGCAUUGUUCACAUGCCCCCUUUCUGUCAUUGCUGCGCUGUAAAUGGGCUCACAGCAGAUACAAAUACGACAUUCCAUAGCAGCCGAAAGCCUACAGGAAGACCACAGGAAUUGUGCAAGGAAACUUCACUCACAGGGUCUGCACCUUGGGCUUAGGUACCCAGCACAGUCGCCUUCUCAUGGUCCCCUUAUAACAGGGGAUGUGGAACUUGUGGCUCACCUCUCCAGAUGUUGUGGGACCACAGCUUCCAUCACUGACUAUUGAAUCUGCUAUCUGGGGUUGACGUAACCUGGAACCCAACAAUAUCUGAAGGGCCACAGGUAGAAAUAGAUGAAUCUGGUCAUUUCAGCCUUCUUGGUUUCUAAUUUUUCUAGCCUCAAAUUCAGCUCUCCACAUUUCCACAAUAAUCUGUGAAUUCGUCAUAUGUGUGUAUAUAUAUAUAUAUAUCCUCAUAAAAAUUAACCAGCAUUUUAGUUCGGACAUCUCCUAAUAAACACAAUAUUGUGUGCAGUUUUGAGUUGCUGCAAGCAACUUCCCCUAAUGCAAUACAUUUCUGUAUGCGGUUUUCAAGAAUAAGUGCAUUUUAAUGCACAGACCUCCCUAAUGUAUGCACUUUUGUACAUACUGUUUGGUUGGAGAACUGCAUUGCAAAAUUAGGAAAUGUGCGGGUUUCAAAGGAUGCCGUGCUUUCAAUCUGUAAAAUUUACUUUCUGAUCUUCCGUUCUCUCUAGCUCAGCCUUUGCUAACCUGGUGCCCUCCAGACACUACAACUACCAUCAUCCGCAGCCAGCACUUGUUGGCUGGAGCUAAUGGGAGUUGUAGUCUGACAACAUCCAGAGGGCAGCAGGUUGGUGAAGACUGCUCUAGCUUACAUUAUCCUUUAUGUCCUUUUGUCUCCUGGCCCCUCUCCCUCUUUUCCUUCCUGCCAUCUCUGAAUUCCAGUGAUGUGGAGCUUCUGCAAAAUUCCGAGAAUUCUCUGGAUUUCACUGGAUGGGAAAAUCUAGAAAACCUUGAAACCAAAAACUGUGUGUGAAGGUUUUCUGGAUUUCCCCUCCUUCCCUACGACCCAAUAUCCAGAAACUCUCUAGUGCCCUACAUCGUUUAAGGAUCUGUUUAUUUGACUUAAUUUCAGUAAACAACAACAAAAAGUGUGCUGUGUUAAUGUUAUGUGUUAUAUAAAUAAAUAUCUCAAAAUGUUUGGUGUUCCUCCCCCACCCCCAACAAGCUUUAUUUGGAAAAUAUUUUUGUUGUAAAUAUUUUAAAGAUUUGGCAACUCAACAUCAUAUACUUUCCUUACAUUGUUUCUUGGUUCCCCCGCUUAAAAUGUAGGCACAGAAAACUGUUCACAUACUAAUUUUAGCUGCAGCUCCUGUAAUGGUUAGAGUCCUGGACUAGGUCUUAGGAGAAAAAGUGCUCAAAUUCCACUCAGCCAUGAACUUCGUUUGGGUCAGUCACCAUCUUGACUUACGGGGUUGUUGUGAUGAUAAACCGGGGGCCAUUUGUGGCACCCCGGGCUCCUUGCAGGAAAAAUGGGUUAUAAAUAAUAAUAAUAAUAAUAAUAUUAAAUAAUAAAAAAAUAGAAGAGGAACCCCCCCAACAAAGGUAACCGCAAUUUCGAAAGUGCCUUGUUUGACUGGCCUCACAUUCAUUUUGUGAUUCUACUGACAGCACAAUCCUAACCAUGCCUGCUACCAUAUAAGUCCUAUUAAAUUCAAUGGUGCUUACGCUCAGAUAAGUGGGGUUAGGAUUGCAGUCUAAUUCAUUUUAUGGGGGGGUGGAGAGUCACCAGAAAAAAACAGCAACCCAAUAUUAGCCAGUAUCACUGGUGCAGUCCUGAUUCAUAAGCUUCAGUAGAGGCUGUCCCCCCCCCCCCAACUAUUUUCUGUUGGGUCAGGAUUGCAACAUCUGUGCCUUCCCCUUUGUUUGGCUUGACUAAAUUUGGAACAUAUUCUCUUCCCCACCUCUUGAUUCUGUCAUUUCUGUUCUGACCCCCAUUUGGUCUUUGCUAUCACUUCCUGGUUUUGGCUCUUUGCUGACGGCAAACCAGACUGGGAAGUGAAGUAUCCACAGUGCAAGAAGAGCUAGCUGAGGAAGAAAAUCAGCCUGGCUCCCUGGAGAUGGUUGAAACCACCAUAGCUCAUGUUGGCUGAAUUUGCAGGUGAACCUCAGCACUUCUCCAUCUUCCUACCUGGUGCGUGGGAUACCAGUUGGAAACGCAAGCUGCUUUGACAGAGGGGUGGGGGAAGCGUGAUAUACUGCUGUCUUGGAUAGCUAGCAAGUAAAUAAUGCCUCUGCUAAAUUUUGCUUUGCUUUGCACUGAAUUCAUACUGCUCUGUUCAGUUUGGAACUGCCGUAUGUGUUUUUCAAUUACAGUGGUUGCAUUUGUUUUUUUUUUAUAAUUGCAUAUUCCUUAUGGCACCUUAUGGUGAAGGGCAGGUGAGACGUUUUAGAAACAAAUUAAAAUGUGGCAUUGAGGGAAAGGGCCGUAGCUCAGUGCUAGAACAUCUGCUUUGCAUGCAAAAGAUCCGGGUUCAAUCCUCAGCAUCUUCAACUGGGGUUGGGAAAGGCUCUUUGCUGAAGGCAUGGAGAGCUGGGUGGCACAGUGCUCUGAGUCGGUGUAAGGCGGCUGUCAAUGAGAGGAAGGGAAAUAGCAGAGAAAGCUGAGGAAAGAAGCUCAACAAUGUUUUGUGAGUAAGGCAGAAGCGGGGAACUUGCUGGGGUAGGGGAGAACUGCUACACCAGCUUCCAGGCCGUUUUUGGGUCACUGGUGCUUACUGGGAGGGGAAAGGGUGAGGCAGCCAGCAAUAAACAACAGCAGGCCACCUGCCGGACAGCUAGCAUAGCAGCUCUGUGCGCACCCCCCCCCACCCCGUUCUGGAAUUAUGGUAUGCCAGGGCCUGUUCGCACAGCCAUCAGAAUAGCAACUAGCUAACACACUUGGGCAAAUUCACAAGAACUGUCAGCACGCCAAAAGAGUCAACUCACAGAAGGUUUACAGUUUAACCCCCUUCGCAUGGAUCUGUGGUAAGUGAAAACUGCACGAUGGACAUUCAUUUUUUGGUUUCUUGAGUCAAGAUAUACACAAGUCUUUUGCCCAUGCCCUCCACUUUUUGGCUCCUCCCUUCACCACAAGCCACAAUUAAACCAGGAAGUCUCUACUUAACCAUAGUUUCUUGUUUUGUCUGAACCAAAACUAUGGUUGAUGGCUUCAGAACAGGCCAGAAUAUGAAAUCAUGGCUUGAAGUUGAGUUAGCCAGAUAGUGUCGAUGUUUUGGACUACAACUUCCAUCAGCCCCAGGCUGAUGGAGGGCACCGUGAGGACUUCUCUGGUUUAAUAGCUGAGCUUGUUCUGAAGUUGUAGGUCCCCGGUUCAGAUGAACAGGAAAAGUGUGGUUUUAGAAGCUUCCUGAUUUAACCGUGGCUUGCGAAAAGGGAGGAGAUGUGGUGCUUCUUGUGUGAGCAAAAGGCUUAUAAAUAUCUCAGCUUAAUAAGCCAAGAUAUGAUUGUCUGAACAGACUCAUGAAGAGGAGGCUGGAUCUUUUCCUGCCUUUUCCUUAGAUACUUUCUUUGUUUUCCUCCAGAGACGCUUGCUGAUACCAGGCCUCUAGAUCCAUCUAUGUGACUUUGCUGGAGAAACCAUGACCGAAGUCCUCCUGACCGCUGUUCUGAACGGGACUGAAAACCACUCGCUGGCUAGCAGCGGAUGGACGUCGAACAAUGUCACCAGCAAGUGCUUGCUGACCAAAACUGGUUUUCAGUUCUAUUACCUGCCUGCUGUCUACAUCAUAGUCUUCAUCACUGGAUUCCUGGGCAACAGUGUGGCGAUCUGGAUGUUUAUCUUCCACAUGAGGCCUUGGAGUGGCAUCUCGGUUUACAUGUUCAACCUGGCGCUGGCUGACUUCUUGUAUGUCCUGACUCUUCCUGCACUGAUCUUCUAUUACUUCAAUCAAACCGAUUGGAUCUUUGGGAACUUCAUGUGCAAGCUGCAGAGGUUCAUCUUCCAUGUCAACCUGUAUGGAAGCAUCUUGUUCCUCACUUGCAUCAGCGUGCACAGGUACACAGGUGUGGUCUACCCCUUGAAAUCGCUGGGGCGGCUGAAAAAAAAGAACGCCGUCUACAUCAGCACCUUGGUUUGGGGGGUUGUGGUCACUGGGAUUUCCCCCAUCUUCUUCUACUCUGGAACUGGGGAAAGGAAAGUCAAAACCAUGGCUUGCUACGACACGACGGUAGACGACUACCUACGAAGCUACUUCAUUUACAGCAUGUGCACCACGGUCUUCUUGUUUUGCAUCCCGUUCAUACUGAUCCUGGGUUGCUACGGAUUAAUCGUGAAAGCACUGAUUUACAAAGAUUUAGACAAUUCCCCGCUCAGGAGGAAAUCGAUUUACCUGGUUAUUAUAGUGUUGGCGGUAUUUGCUGUGUCUUAUCUCCCCUUUCACGUGAUGAAAAACUUGAAUCUACGAGCCAGGCUGGAUUUCCAGACUCCAGAAAUGUGUGCCUUUAACGACAGGGUUUAUGCCACUUACCAAGUGACUCGGGGGCUGGCGAGCCUCAACAGCUGCGUGGAUCCUAUUCUGUAUUUCUUGGCUGGAGACACGUUCCGAAGACGGCUGUCGAGAGCAACCAGGAAAGCUUCAAGAAGGAGCGAGCUCAACGUGCAGUCAAAAAGUGAGGAUAUGACUCUCAGCAUUUUAUCCGAGUGUAAACAGAAUGGAGACACAAGCUUGUGAAUAACAGUUUAAUUUUCCUUUUGCAAGCAAGCAAGCACUCUCAUCCCCCUUUCCCUUAUCCCCACCCUUCAUUUUUAACCCAUGUAAGAAUCUAAAUUCUAAUUUUCAAGAAAACUUAACAAGCGGACAAUUUAUUUUGUUUCGUUUUGUUUGAAAAACAUGCCGUGUGAAGCUAGGAAAAACGUGGGGAAAGUAAGUGUCAAAUUCUUUAAAAAAUUAAAUGGAAAACAGUAUGGGAGGUUUCCGUUCUUACCCUUUUAAUUCUGAAAGAAUAAUGUAUCUGAUAGUCUGGUACACACAACAAAUGCAGUGCAAACCCUCAGAAAAGGCGUCUCCUUGACUUAAGAGUAUGAGGAAUGCCCGUGGAAGGUGAAUAUUUCUUUAAGGCUCUAAUCUAUUCUCCAGCUUCCAGUUCCCUUGCCUGUUUCUGCCUUGCUGUGGUUCUGGAAAGGGCAGUGUCUGUAGGGGACCAGUCCCAGUCAGGGAUAUUGCAGACCCCCUCCCUGAAUGUAGGUCUUUUUAUUGAAAACAUCAACGACAAAAAAGCCCUUUGAUUUGCAGAGAUACCAAGGAGGCUGAUGGCGUUCUACACAGCUGAUCGAUGAGAAGUAAGCCUGGUGCUUAUUUUAUUAAAGUUGAAUUUUGUUUAAUAAUUAAGUAAGGUUGGAACAUAUUAGAUGACUUGAAUUUGUUGUUUGGUAUUGACUUCAGGUCCUCCUCCUCCUCCUCCCUUCCUGCAUGUCCCGAUAAGCUUCCUCAUCACAGGAGUUCUGGAUGUAGACAUGUGUUCCUGGACCGCUCUCUUAAGCACUGCCGAAAGCACAAUGCGAGAAAGGCCACGGGUUAGUAAUGGUCUGUUGGCAAUUAUUUCUUUGCGAUUCUAGCAAGUUGGUCUAGCAGAGCCAGUCGUGUGUUUUCCCCCCACUCUCGAAUCUGGGCUCGUGCAGAGGACCAUCUGGUCACGGCGCGUUCGUGGGAAACUGCUGGGCAUGGUGGCUCCCAAACUAGGACAAUCUGGUAGCGUUCACCCAUCACCAUAUGCAGGGUUCAAGUUUUCAGCAUGUGUUGGAAAACAUGGGGGAAGCCGUACAGCCCCAAAUGCACUGGAAACCUAGCUCCUUUGUGUGAUGUUGGAUGUGACAGCAAGCUUGGCACAGGCUGGGCUUCUCUCAUGCAGGCUUCUGAGAUGGUUUGACCAUGGGCUUGAACCUUCUUUGAAUAGAUCUUCCCUGUUACCAUAUAGGGAGGGUUCUUCUGUACAUAGAGGAGAUGAUUACUGAAAAUGUGAUGCCCCACCUCAAUAAUAAUUAGAAGUCUGACACAGAGAGAGAGAGAUUAGAUUGUAAGAAUUAGUGCUGUCAUGUUCCCUGAAAGGUUAACAAAUCUAUAAACAUAGCAGAUGUACAGUACCAACAGCCCCAAGGUUACACAGAACUUGCAGCUCCUUCUCAGCCGUUUAGUACACAUCUAAUGGGCACAUCAGAACACUGUUAGGUUUUGGGGUUGGUGCAAAUUCUCCAAUAAUUUAACCUAUCUAGUUGGCAGUACCUGUAUUUUUGUCAACAUGAAGAAUUGCAUUUGAUUUAUUUUUAGCCCUAAUUUGGAUUUCUCCCUUUUUAACAUACAGCACUUUGCAUGACAAUAGCAGUUUUCCUGGCAUUUAAUGCUCUUUUCUUCUUCUUAGGAAAAAGAAACUGUCAUUAAUUUUCAUGGGCGGGGGACGGGGAGAGGAGUGCCUCAUCUAAAUGUAUAAAAGAUUUACAUCAGAUUCAGAAAGGUCUGGUUGAAUGAUGGCCUUCCCUACCUUUUCCCAAUGCCUGACAGUGAUCUGAGAUGGCUUCAUCACCACCCCACCCCAAAGAUUUCCACACGUGGACAUGACAUUUGGAUUUAGGAACUUAGGAAGCGGAGUUUGGCCAAGGUUUCAUCAAGCUCAGUGUUGUCAACACUGCUCAGCUGUGGCUCUCUAGGAUUUCAGGCAAGAUCCAAUCCUUCUUGGAAAUACUGGGGAUUGAACCCAGAAUCUUCUGCAUGCUCUACCCCUUGCCCAACACAAUCUUAUUGAAUUCUCCAUUUCCAGCUUACUUGGGUUUUUAGGGAAAUACUGUUCUCUACAGCUCUUUUCAAGCAUUCAGAAACAGGCUGCGAUAACCGUGCACUAGAAAGGAGUGCUAUGGCUAAGAGAAAGGUAGUGGGGAAGAUGACCUGAAAUAGGCCAAAAACAAUGUAUCAUGCAAGCUGCCAACUGAUGCAGGAAUCCCAGUCCCCGAUAGAUUCAAAACACAAAACAGUUUGGAUUGAAAAUAAAGCCUUAUUUGCUUCAUUUAAUCUACCAAAAUGUAUCUGGAAAAAAUGUUCUGCUGCAGCAAGCAGUGCUUUGAAUUAUUACAAAAUUCUUUCUGUAUAAAAUAAAGAGGAUACGUAAUCUCAUAAAUGGCUUGAACAAAUCCUUCCAAAAAGACUGUGGUUUACAGGAGAGGUAAAAAUAAACUAUUUACAUCUUGCUUAUUAAUUUCCAAAGGCUGAGGAUGAGCAGAAAGGGAAUUGCUCUGAAUAAUGGCAGAGUUACAAAUCAGCUUAAAUUCAUAAAUGCAAAAUCUACUGAACCUGCAAAAUCUGUUUAUUUAACUUAUUUCUCGAGGAAGGCAAUGGCAAGCAAAGAGCUAUCUCGUGCGUUCACAAUGCUCCUUGAUUCUACACUUAAACUCUGAAUUGGGCAUUGUUGAGUGAAGGGAUAAUGAGAUGCAUCAUUAAGGCUGUGGUGCUGAGCUCAAUUACUUGGGAGUAAGCUCCCUUGGAUCCAAUGAGGCUUACUGCUAAGUAAAUAUGCGUAGGCUUCCACUGCAACCUCUCUCUUGUUUUAUAAGAAACUAUAAAUUAGAAUUGUGCAAGGCUUCUGUUCAAAUGUUGACAUGUAUGCAUGUCAAGCUCUAGCUUAACAAGCAAUCUGAAUAAAAUGUAAAAAGCCAAGAAAAUUUAGAAGCGUGGUAAAUAAGUGGAAGUCUUCUUUUUAAUUAAUUAACCUCUUGUGAUUAGCUGUUUAGAUUAAGGUUCGGGGAGAGUGUCAGGAAACAUGGAAAACCUUUCCCUGCAUCACCGAGAAACAUGUAACAUUAAACAAUUCCCUUAAACCAAAUUGAACUGAGGCAUGCCUUGCUGGGCACAGCAAUUGAAUUAAGGGUACAAUGGUGGAAUGGAUUUUUUACUCUUUGGAAUGACUUUCUUUUGCUACAUUUUUACAUUCAGCUAUCUUUCACGUACUUCUGUUUUCUGUUCAUUGUCGUGCUCCGUACAAUUAGUCAAUGGAUGUUGGGGUGUAACAUUCUUAUAAUCUGCUAAUCCCCCCCCAAAAAAAAUACUGCAAAAUCUUUGUGUGUUUGCGUGCAGCACCCUAGUAUUAAAUCACAGUGGUUCUCUAUUUAUACAUUAGAGCCCCGAUCCAGCAAGAGAGACUCUCAUGUGGAAGCAGGUUUCCCUUUGUUGAUCUUCUUUUAGACCAAAUCCUUCAUGAGUCACAAGACCUGCAUGGAUACUUGCAGGAUCAUUGAAGCCAACACCAAGCUUGCCAUCCUCUAAAAGCACCAAUCAUCUGUUUUGGGUGACAAAGAUGAAUCUGGGUCCCCCUAUCAAAUUUAAGCUAUCAAGACCAAUGCCACCAUCUGUGUAGGUACAUCCUGGGAAAUCAUCACGUCCAGCAGCCUCAUGCUGAACAUGAUGGUCUCUCAGUUGGGGCUGCUGUCCUGAAGAGCUACAACCCCAGAGGAUCAACUGCAUCUUGAUGGCAUGGCCUAUUCUGAAGGUCAAGAUACAGGUCUCUGGAAAUACAAUAUGCCACACCUGUCUAGAAAUAUCUGCAUACAGAGGAGGGGUUUUUUUAACCUUCUUUUUUCAAUAGCCCCUCUCAUCUGUGCCAUAUUAGAAGUUGGUUUCUGAAAUCCCACUGAGUUUCAGAAAGAGCUUCUGAAACCAUGGAGGUCAUUAAAAAAACAAAUCAACAUCCCUUCUGAGCACCAGUCAGGCAGAUCCUAAGAUCCUACAGGGAGAUGCUACAAAGAAGGUCAGAAUUAAGACUUCAUAUUCUCCCAUAUAACAUUAUCUCUGUCAUAAAACAAUUUCAGGAUCCAGGUGCCAGUGAUACUUUAUUAGAUGCCCAGGCAAUCAGAUGCCCAAUAUUUUAUUUUGAUUAUUUAUUCCUCCUGCAGUUCUUUCUGACUUCACGAAGUGCUUUAUGAUCCUGACCUCGCUUCUCUCCCCAACUGUCUUUCAAGGUAAUUUGGGUUGAGGGACAGAGACUCCCUCAAGACCGCAAAGUGAAAUGGACAGCUGUGGAGAGAUGCAACCAAUGUGGGGCUCUGGUACCUCAACCCCAAAUGGUUCUUCUGGGAUAUCAAAUGAUGUGUAAAGUACCUGUUAGUUAUUAAUCCUUUCUGUUAUUACUGCUUUGAAAGGUCAUAGACUUGGAGAAUUGGAAGGAACCAAGAGGGUCAUCCUGUCCCCUGCAAUGCAAUGCAGGUAUAUUUUGGCCUAAUGUGGGGCUCAAACCCACAACCCUGAAAUUAUGAAUCUCAUGCUCUACCGACUGAGCUGUCUGGUUGUCAUGCCUAACAUAAGCUUACCGUCAGUUGCGGUCAUCCAGCAUUAGCUUGCCUUUUCCCAGUGAAUGCUGCUGACCAGCAGGAAGCAGCAGCAACUGCUCCUUUCCACUAAUCUGCUGUUGCUGUUUAUUCACUCAGAGGCAGUGGAGGUUCGUGCCCAUUGGGGACUGGUAGGGUGGACAGUAGGGAGGCCAACAGUAGGUGGCACCAGAGCAAACAGCAGGUAGCACCACAGCCAAUGAUAGGCAGAGGGAGAGCCAACUAGUUCCAGGUUUUGCCCCAUUUCCCUUGCGGAGUUCUUCCAAAUAAGGCAACACAGACUAAGGAGGAGGAGGAGGCAGCCAAUGCUACCCCCUAGAUAUGCUGCAGGUAAUGAUGUAAGCAGAUGGGAGCUGGCUGAAUACAGAGUGAUCUUGGUGGGGCAACCUCCACUGAACAGAGCAGACAAACAGGAAGCUAUUGCGGUGAAAGGAAGUGGCAAGAUCUGGAGGCUGUGGGGUCUCUGCUGGGCCGUGAGGCUCAGUACAUGGCCAAUGUUGCUGAAGCUUGACAUCAGCCUUGAUGGAUGCUUCUUCUUCUUCUUCUUCUUCUUCUUCUUCUUCUUCUUCUUCUUCUUCUUCACCUAAAAGUAUGCAGUGGAGACCUCCUCUUUCUAUUCACCCCAAAACAUCCUUUAGAGCAAGGGGGGGAUCUGUAGCCCUUCAGAUGUUGCUGGACUCCUAGCCCCAUCAUCCCUACGCCUUGGUUAUGUCAUUGGGGCGAGUUGGAGUCCAACACUGCAUGCAGAAUCAUAGGUUCCCUACCUGUGCUUGCAAGACUGGCCACAUGAGGAAAGGAGCAUUUUUAUUUUCCUGGUUUUUGAGGACUUACCUGCACCACAGACUUAAGCUCUGUCCAUGUGUUCAGAAGACCAUGUGCGGGUACGCAUGAAGUGUGUUGGAGGAGAGGAUAAUCGUGCCUUCCCUGCCUGCCCCAGCCCAACAUUCCUGCAUUGAACAGCGAAAUCCGAAAGGGCGGUCUAUUGUGCAUUUGGCUGGAGACACCUCCCUGCAUUAUCAAAGUUCCCAGCUUCGAACAGCUUCUAAGGAUGCUCAGCUGAGCAGCACCCUCCAGUCAUUCCUGCUCAGCAUAGGAAUGUUGUGGGCAAGGCAGCAGGUGUACCCAGCCCAUAAGCGGACACUUGGGGUGAGACUAGAGCAUGCCUGCCCUUCACCCCCUUGAUAUCUACCUCCCUUCUUGAAUGCAUGAGGAAGGUCUAUGCUCACUGAAUCAUCAUUGCCUCCCUCAAGGGAACCCUGGGAACUUCGGUUUUGUGAAGUGGAGUUGGGAUCUCCAACUGCAACUUCUCAGCUAACCAAACGACAGUUCCCAAGCCAGUGUGGUGCCAUGGUUAAGAGCGGUAGUCUCGUAAUCUGGUGAACAGGGUUCGCUUCCCCGCUCCUCCACAUGCAGCUGCUGGGCUAGUCACACUUCUCUGAAGUCUCUCAGCCUCACUCACCUCACAGAGUGUUUGUUGUGGGGGAGGAAGGGAAAGGAGAAUGUUAGCCGUUUUGAGACUCCUUAGGGUACUGAUAAAGUGGGAUAUCAAAUCUAAAUCCAAACUCUUCUUCGGGGAAUGUUUUUGGUGUAGAUAUAUACCUCUGACUGAAAGCCUUGAUUUUGCAAGACUGUCUUUCAGAAGCACCUUUUCUGUUGUGCAUUAUUUCCAAAAUAGAAAAUACUUGAGGCAACCCUUAGAAGUCAAGAGGUAUAAAUAUUCUGAAAGGGAGAAGUGGACAAUUGUGACUUAUAUAAAAGUCUAUCCCACAGAGCCCCGUGGAAUACUUGCUAUGCUUCCAUGCUGCUUGGAGAAUAUGAGAAACAAAUUUAUACAUUUAUGAGAAAUUCAAGUACUGAGGAUGAACUGGUGAUUACUUGAGAAAGUUCAACAGUCUGAAACUCAUGUGCCUUUUUUGCAUUUAAAAUGUAAUUAGUUGGAAUGCAAAGCUAGACGGAAAGUACAGGGUGAGAGCCUCAGUGUUUGCAGAUUUCCUGGAUGUGCUUGGUUUUCAACUGGUAGAUGAAACGAGCAUUUGGAUUUAUUCCAUGAAUAUGGAAAAGCCUCACUCUUUGCUACUGCAGGAGAACCACAACAUCAAAGGUAGUUAAUUUCACAGAUUUAUUUUAACUCUUUGAAUAUUGUCCACAGAUUUAUUUUAACUCUUUGAAUAUUGUCCACAAAGCGCAAAAGAAAUCUGGAUUAGGGAACUCUGCACAGCUUGACAGGAAAAAAAACAACACCUGUCAUGUGAAGGUUGACCCUUAGAUUAACCUGCAUUAUUUCUUUCAGAUGGGGAGAAUAUUGUUUCACUAGAUUUUGAGGACUAGCUAAGGAGCAGUGCUCUUGUAAGGAACCACAAUUUCUUAACGUUGCCUGGAAGAUUUGUAGCCAGUUAAGCAUCUUGGUUGAACAGGCAACUGUUCAGUCUUACCUGUGAUUUAAUGUUGGUGCUGACAUACCCCCUUAAUGGUGGGGGUUUGUUCUUGGGUGAUGAGCAGUCUCUUUAUUUUUCCAUGGUAAAAAAGAGCCCUGUUUCAUAAGUUCAUUUAGAUGAACGUCAACUACAGAUUAAUAUUAGGCAGACUGAGCAGAUUCGAACUUUUAAGCUUUAUUUACUAAACGCAAAAGUUUGCUAAAUUAGAUCCUUCUUUAGGGUAGGGGUUAAGAAUGUUUUUAGCACAAUGGGCCUGAUAAUUAUCUCCUCUGUACCUCACGGGCCAGGUUUGGCAGGUGGGUGGAGCCACGCACCUGUCAAUCACCUGACAUCACCAGUGAAAUGCGCUUUGCAGACAUGGCAGAUAGACUGAUUGGUAGUGCCUGAAAACACCCUUUUGGAUUUUGGUUGAGCCAAGUUUUUUUCCUGCCCCACACCUGGCUUCCUAUAUGACAUCAGGUAUAGGGCAGGUGGGGGUGGCUUGGCUGAAAUGGUCUUGCAGGCCAAAGGGCUUGUAGGCCUUAAGCCCAUGACCCUUGCUCUAGAGCAGGCACGUCCAACAGGUAGCUCGUGAUCUACCAGUAGAUCACUGGACAUCUGUGGUAGAUCACUGGUAGAUCACUGGCUCCCCCGAAAGAAGCUCAACAACUUUGGCUCCCCUAAAAAUGCUCAACAUUUUAGCCCUACACUCCCCCAAAACAGGGCUUUCCUCUCUUCAGAGUUGGCCACCCCUGCUGUAGAGGAUGAAAAAAAUUCUAAUGCAAAUAUUCACAAUUUUCCAGAAAACCCACAAAAAUAGUGGAGAGAAGAAGGCUUCUUACCUCUCCACAUUACAUGUGUACCUGCACUAAUUAAAACUGUGGGUUGUUUUGUAUGUGUGUGUGUGGAGUGAAUGUUGUUACCCUUUUGAGAUUCUGCAGGAUUCCAUAGGAGAUUUAUUACAUCCUAGUCAUAUUUAGCUUGGCAUUACAGUUAGCCGUGCCAAUGGGAAUAGAGAAGUGUGUUUUGCCCUGUCUGACCAUAGUGCAAUGUGCAGACUGUUGAAUCUGAAUGAAACCCGAAUUCAAAUCCCUCUCCAGUCACUGGGUUGCCUGAAACCUCCCUUCUCCUACUAUUCCACCCCACAGGCUUGUGGUAAGGACAAAGAGAGGUUAUCAUUGUAAAGCACUUCAGACACUGAAGGAACUGCAUGGACUGCAUGUUUUCCAAUAAAAGCAAUUGAAUUCAGACAUAGUCUGUUCUCAGAUUAGUGCCUUGAGUGGAGCUUUAUAGCAGAGCAAUACCCUCCCCUCCUCAGACUACAUUCUGCUUUCCAGUAUCUUGGCAUCCAGGCAUUUUUACUCCUCAGUGAGCAAAGUAUAUGAAACCUCAUUUGUUUGCCUUAGCCUCGGAGAUAUGGAAAAGAGCUGUAGCAAUAUGACUCCCUUUGCGUUCACAAAACAGGUUACACAUCCGUGUCCCUUUAAGCCAGAUGGCAUCAUCUUGUCUACUGUAGAGAUAGGAAGCCGAAGUGAAGUUCAAUUGCCCAGGGAUGUUCAGUUAGGCAGCAAUAAAACUGGGAAACAGAGUUGCUCAAUUCUCCAGAGCAUGCUGCCUCAUGUGUAAAAGCAUUGGGAGGAGGUGAGUUUCCCAUGCAUAAAUAAAGAGCACAAUUUAGCUGUCCAAACAAAAGGUGUGUGGAAGACACAAAAAUGCCAUAAACCUGCAGCACAGGGGCUUGGCUGGAAGUAUUUCAUUGCUCUUACCUUUGUUAUAUUCAGAUUUAACUUCCUCACCAUAAUCCAGAAACUGUGGGGUUUCACAUUUAAAUGGUUUCCUUUGCUAUUGGUACACAGGCAUAGCCGGUUCAUAGGAACGCUGCCUGUAUGUUUUUAAUCACCAGUGACCAUUUAGUUUCUCAGACUGUAUCUGUUAAGAAAUAUAAUGUCCGGGGUGUAUUUUUUUUUAAAAUCAGCAUCACCAUUUCAAACAAAUAUGAAGGAAGGGGGGAAAAGUGUGAUUUAUGUGCUAAAUGUUUUGCAAAUUUGGACUUUAUAGUGUGUUUCAAGUGCAUAUGUGAAAAUGUUUUAUUUUUCUACCAUUCUGUAAUAUUGUUGAGUAACUCGAGAUUUAUUUGUGGAUAACAGUGCCAUUUGGUUUGAUUUGCCUACAGAGACAGUGUUACUUGAUAUUUAAGCUCCUCAGGUUCUGUUGUGGAUUGAAACUAGUAGUCGUUUGGGGGAAACAACAACUAACUGUGCAUAACUCUCAUGAAUAAAGAGAAAAAAACAGAUUGUCCUUUUUUUUUUUUUGUAUAAAGCACUGUGUUGGUUGCAUGCAGUUUUUGUAUAAGGCAUGCCAAUAGCAUCUUGUAACUUUUUAGUGACAGUAGAACUGCACUGCCUCCACAAGUCACUAGUAUUGUACUGAGCUACUUCAAGAGCAAAAAAAUAAAUAAAAAUCAAAUAAAGUGAUGGUACACUGAUGUGUUGGCUGCUAUGUUAUUACAACCAACCAACUUGCCUUGAGACCAGGAAUAUUUGCAAGUUCCAGUUUAAAAGGUGUGGAUGCUAAAAUAGAAGGAAUUGGAAAGCUUCUGAGCAGUACUGAUUUGAAACCCCUUCUUUUCAGACAAGUGAAUCAGUCACUCGGCAAGGCUAUCAAUUAUGUCAUUUAACUCAAGGGCUGCUGCUGCUGACCUGACCUAGUUCUUUAAGGGGGUAAAAGUGCUAUCUAUAGAAGUCAACAUUUUAUACUUCGCAUGCUGGUAGAGCUCAGACAGAACUGUAACUUAGGGGUGUUUACACACAAUUCCUCCCUCCCUGACUGCUGAAUGCUGACGAUGGGUGCCCUUCACACAGACUCUGGAGGGAAAGGUUUUCCCCUAUUACUAUGCAAAAACUAUAGCCCAAGGAAGGUGAUAUUCAUAUGGGUCCCUGUACAUCGUAAAUAACAUAUUAAACUACUGUGAAUAGUAGCCUGCUUUAAAAAACCUGUUCUUUUUGUUAACCCGCAUGCUAAGGGGUGUACAUUCAUGUUUGUUUGUUUUUUAAAAAUAAAAAUGAGGCUUCAUUCGUC